GCCUCCCCACCCCUCCCCGGGCGGCGGCGGGUGCGGGCAGGCGGCGCGCGCGGGCAGUCGGGCGGCGCGCGCGGGCAGUCGGGCAGCCGGGCAGCGCGCGCGGGCGGCGGGAGCGCCCGGUCCUGCCCUGAGCCUCCCCCCCACCCCCCAUCACCUCAGCAGCGCCCCCUCAGCGGGAGCCCCCUCAGCGGCGGCGGCGGCGGGCGAGGGAUGCGCCGCGCCCCGACACCCAGUUCUGCUAACAUGAUGACCUGACAAGAUAUAGAGGACAGUCCUGACUAUGCAGCGCAGGUACUGAUGGGAAAGGAUCCAAUAUGAGUGUAAAUGAUGUUGGAGGAAGACGACGCUUUGAGGAGAGCGAGUACACGCUGCACAUCUACCCCGGGAGCAUUGCGGAGGGGACUAUCUACUGCCCCAUCACCGCCAGGAAAACGUCCACAGCCGCUGAGGUGAUCGAUUCUCUCAUCAAUAAACUUCAGCUCGAGAAGACAAAAUGCUACGUCCUGGCCGAGGUGAAGGAGUUUGGGGGGGAGGAAUGGAUCCUCAACCCCACGGACUGCCCCGUCCAGCGCAUGAUGCUGUGGCCUCGCAUGGCCCUGGAGAACCGCAUCAGCGGCGAGGACUAUCGCUUCCUCCUGCGGGAGAAGAACCUGGACGGCUCCAUUCACUAUGGGAGCCUCCAGUCCUGGCUGCGGGUGACGGAGGAGCGCCGCAGGAUGGUGGAACGUGGCUUCCUUCCCCAGCCACAGCAGAAGGACUACGAUGACUUGUGCAGCCUGCCAGACCUGAACGAGAAAACGCUCCUGGAGAAUCUCAGAAACCGCUUCAAGCAAGAGAAAAUCUACACCUAUGUAGGCAGCAUCCUCAUAGUUAUUAAUCCAUUCAAGUUUCUACCUAUCUAUAACCCCAAGUAUGUCAAGAUGUACGAUAACCACCAGCUGGGCAAGCUGGAGCCCCAUAUUUACGCUGUGGCAGACGUGGCUUACCACGCCAUGCUUCAGCGGAAGAAGAACCAGUGCAUCGUGAUUUCGGGAGAGAGUGGGUCAGGAAAGACACAGAGCACCAACUUUCUCAUUCAUCACCUCACCGCCCUAAGCCAGAAGGGAUUUGCCAGUGGAGUAGAACAGAUUAUUCUUGGAGCUGGACCAGUGCUUGAGGCUUUUGGGAAUGCAAAAACAGCCCAUAACAACAACUCCAGUCGCUUCGGCAAGUUUAUCCAAGUGAAUUACCAGGAGACGGGCACCGUGCGAGGAGCUUACGUGGAGAAGUACCUCCUGGAGAAAUCAAGACUAGUCUAUCAGGAACACAAUGAACGGAACUACCAUGUAUUUUAUUACCUCCUGGCAGGAGCAAGCGAGGAAGAGAGAUCAGCAUUCCACCUGAAGCAGCCUGAGGAAUAUCAUUACCUCAACCAGAUGACAAAGAAACCCCUCAGACAGAGCUGGGAUGAUUAUUGCUAUGACUCUGAGCCGGACUGCUUUUCUGUGGAAGGGGAAGACUUGAAGCAUGACUUUGAGCGCUUACAACUAGCCAUGGAGAUGGUGGGGUUUCUUCCCAAGACUCGCAGACAGAUAUUUUCUCUCUUGUCGGCGAUACUUCACCUGGGAAACAUCCGUUACAAAAAGAAGACUUACAGGGAUGACUCCAUCGAUAUCUGUAACCCUGAAAUACUGCCUAUUGUGUCUGACUUGCUGGAGGUGAAAGAAGAGAUGCUGUUUGAGGCCCUGGUUACCAGAAAGACAGUGACAGUAGGAGAGAAGCUGAUCUUACCCUACAAACUCGCAGAGGCUGUGACUGUGAGGAACUCUAUGGCUAAAUCAUUGUACAGUGCCCUGUUCGACUGGAUAGUGUUCAGAAUUAACCACGCGCUCCUCAACUCAAAGGACAUGGAGGAAAGCACCAAGACUCUAUCUAUUGGAGUACUUGAUAUUUUUGGGUUUGAAGACUAUGAAAACAACAGUUUUGAGCAAUUCUGCAUUAACUUUGCCAACGAGCGCUUGCAGCACUACUUUAACCAACACAUCUUUAAACUUGAACAGGAGGAAUAUAGAGCAGAAGGAAUUAGCUGGCACAACAUCGACUACACAGACAACUCCAGUUGCAUCAACCUGAUCAGUAAGAAGCCGACAGGCCUGCUCCAUCUGCUGGAUGAGGAAAGCAAUUUUCCUCAAGCCACAAACCAGACACUGCUGGACAAGUUUAAACGUCAACACGAAGGGAACUCUUACAUUGAAUUUCCAGCAGUCAUGGAGCCAGCCUUCAUCAUCAGACACUACGCAGGCAAAGUGAAGUAUGGAGUGAAGGAUUUCCGUGAAAAGAACACAGAUCACAUGCGCCCGGACAUUGUCGCUCUUCUUCGAAGCAGCAAGAAUGCCUUCAUCUGCGGGAUGAUCGGGAUUGACCCGGUGGCUGUCUUCCGCUGGGCCAUCCUGCGGGCAUUCUUCAGGGCCAUGGUUGCCCUUAGAGAGGCUGGAAAACGAUAUGUGGAGAAGAAAACUGGGCAUGAUGAUGCAGUGCCAUGUGCGGUUUUGAAAAGUGUGGAUAGUUUUAGCUUUCUCCAUCACCCAGUUCACCAGAGGAGCUUAGAGAUCCUGCAGAGAUGCAAGGAGGAGAAGUACAGUAUUACUCGGAAGAGCCCACGAACACCACUCUCAGACCUCCAGGGAGUCAACACCAUCAACGAGAGGACCCAGCGUGAUGCCUAUGCGGUUGGCUGGAAUGGCCGGAUGGGGAUGCGGCACAGCCGGCUCGCCAGCCCCGGCGCCUUCCUAGACAAGGAUGGGAUAUUUGUCAACGCCACCAACAGCAAGCUGCUGGAGAGGGCCCACGGCAUCCUCAUGCGAAACAAGAACUUCAAAGCCAAACCCAAUCUCCCAAAGCAUAUGCUGGAUGUAAAGUCCCUCAAGCACCUAACCAACCUGACGCUGCACGACCGCAUUACCAAAUCUCUCCUCCAUCUCCAUAAGAAGAAAAAACCACCCAGCAUCAGUGCCCAGUUCCAGGCCUCGCUCAACAAGCUAAUGGAGACCCUUGGCCAAGCAGAACCUUAUUUUGUCAAGUGCAUUCGAUCCAACGCUGAAAAGCUGCCCCUGCGGUUCAACGACAGCCUGGUGCUGAGGCAGCUGCGGUACACAGGGAUGCUGGAGACCGUUCGCAUUCGCCAGUCGGGAUAUGGCUGCAAAUACUCCUUCCAGGAUUUUGUGAACCAUUUCCAUGUCCUUCUGCCUCAAGGAAUCAACCCAUCUAAGCACAAUAUCCAUGAUUUUUUCCGGAAAAUAAAACUGGAUCCAGACAAUUACCAAGUUGGAAGAACAAUGGUUUUCGUGAAGGAGCGUGAGCGGCAGCUUCUGCAGGACCUGCUGCAUCAGGAGGUGCUGCGCCGGAUCAUGCUGCUGCAGCGCUGGUUCCGCAGCAUGCUCUGCAGGAGGCAGUUCCUGAGCUUAAGGCAAGCUGCAGUCAUCAUACAGAGGUUUUGGCGCAGUUACCAGAGCCGAAAACAAGGGGAACCAUCCCCAGACCCUCUUGUCCUCGGCAAAGCCGCCGUUGUUCUCCAGGCCCACUGGCGUGGCUUCAUGGAGAGGCGGAGAUUCCUGCAGAUGCAGUUUGCAGCCCACGUCAUCCAGAGCUGCUGGCGGGAGCACACCAAGCGGCGUCACGAUGCGGCCACCAGCAUCCAGGCAGCCUGGCGAGGGCACCACGCGAAGCAGCUGUACACAGCCUGCAGAAGCAAAGUCGUCUGCUUGCAGGCAGCCUGCAGAGGGUAUUUAGCACGGCAAAGGUUUAGAGCUUUGAAAGAGCAGCGAUUAAAAGAGAUGCAGCUGGAGAAUGGCCUGUCUGUUAGAGAAGACGAUGGACUAGAGGCAGAUGAUGCUUUGGAAAUUAAGGGCUCUGACCCAUCUAAGUGGGAGGAUGGCUCAUUUGAAGAGCGAGUGAGAGCUAUAGAGGAACAUAAAUCACUGAUGGAAAAUAAUCGGGUGAAUCACAUGGACCCACUGGAUACUUCUGGGAAUUUAUUGUACAAAAGGCACGAGAGAGCCAGUAGCCAGAGUGGGAUGGACACUGAAGAGGAGGUUGUCGUGAGAGAGAGACCCAAAUCGCUGGAGGAUCUCAACCAGAAAAAAGUGGUUCGUGCAAAAAGGGAAAGCCGGAGGAUGCGUGAACUGGAACAGGCAAAAUUCAGCUUGGAGCUGCUCAAGGUCCGCUCCACCGGUGGGCUGUCACCUUCCGAAGAGCGGCGGUGGUCCACCGAGCUAGUGUCAGAGGCACUUCAUUCCCCUCAGGGAACCCCAGAGAGUGAAAGCUCUCAAGGGAGCUUUGAGAUGUUAAGCUGUGAAGACACCCCAAGUAAUAAACUCGUUUCCUUAGUUUUAGAUGAGCAGGAUGUGCAGUCAUUCUCCACUGACUCUUUGCCUAGCAGUCCCCAGGCUCACUUGCAGGAGAAGUCUUUCUGUAGGACAGAUGUGAACAGCAAUUUACCCAGUAGCAGAAGGAUAAUUGCAGACUUGGAGCUGGCUGAUAACCUCACCAUGAAGGAGCACAUAGUCUGUGACCCCCAGAAUGUUAUAAACAAGGCGCAACCAAGAGAAACCUUCCUUUCCAGCAACCUACCUACUUUCUAUGUUCCACCUCAAGACAACGUGAAGGUGAAGCUGAUGGAGAAUAACCUGAAGAACAAAGCAGUGGAAAGAAAGAAGACAGGUGCAUUCUCUGAGGUCAGGAAGGACUCUGAGCCAGAGCAGGGCAGAGCCUUGGGUGGAGAGGAAGAGAAGUCCUCUACCAAGAGAGAGGAACGUGGGACAGGGACUGCCACACAGGCCCGUUCUCCAGACUCUGUCAUCAAGAGACUGGAAAAGCUCAACGUGGAGAAAGAGGAAAGGCAAAAGCAGCUUCAGCUGCAAAAUGAGAGGGAGAUGAUGGAGCAGAUCCGUCAGCAGAAGGAAAUUCUGGAGAGACAACGCAAAGCCUUUGAGCAGCAAGGGAGAAUGGAGGCUUUGCAGAGGGCAGAGCAGAACAGGAUGAAGGACUCCUCCCUCAAACCAACCAAAAAACCAGAGAGUCGGCCUCAGUCGGUGCUUAUCCUGCACCCCCAGAGCAGGGGGGAGCAUGGCCCCACCACUGGUGUGGUUCCAACCUCAUCAGUGGACAUCAAAGGUCUCACAGUUGGGAGCAGGGGAAGCUCUCCAGCUCACAGUGCCCCCAGAGACAGACCUGUCAGCAUGUUCAUGGAGCGAAAAGAGGGUCAAUUGGGAUCAGCACUGGAAGCCCGAUGCCAUUCCAGACCGGCUCUGGACCCCAGGGACCUCCCGGGCAGCCACUUCUCGAGGACGGAGCGUCUCCGGCAACCCCGAAUGCCCAACCAGGCCAGCGAGGAGGCGAGGGCAAGCACUAUGUUCUUCACCCCGAAAGACAAUCCCUUUGGCCUCCCCAGAGAAGCAAAUCAUCAAUGGCUUUCCAAGGGUGAACUAGUCAGGAAGCCGUUUAAGAUGCUGGGGUCUGGCAAAGGAGAGGUUCCCAGACCGACCCAUAAAAAGAAAGCCCGCAUGGCGCGGACGCGCUCCGAUUUCUUGACUAGAGGUACUUUUGCUGAUGGGGAGGGGGAUACGGAGGAAGAUGAUUGCAGUGGCAAUUUUGAGUUCCUACUCUCCUCUGAGCAACCUCCUCAUGCCGAGGCGGUACCUGCAGCCCGCCUGGGCCAGGCCUGUUACAGUGACUCCGAAAUGACGGUGCAGCGAUUUGCCGCAGGGGAAGGCCAGACAAAACUGCACAAAACCAUGUCUCAGGGGGAGAUCGGGAAGCUGGUGGCCACGCAGAAGAGCCUGGCUCCAGAUGGGAGGCCUCAGCGAGCCAAGAUGAGGUUCUGGGUGAAGGGAAAACAGGGGGAGAAGAAGACCUCACGGGAGAAGCUUGCUACCCAGUCUGAGCUACUGGAGCUGUACGCGGAGCAAGAAGCCCCUGGCAGGGAGGUCAUUUCUGGUAUGCAGCUUAGUGAAGAGUUGGGUCCUCACCACCUGACCCCCCCGCGGAGUCCUGAGCUGGCCGGUAUCUACCGACGGGAGUUCAAGGAGAACAAGGAGCCCUCUCCCAAAGUGAAACGCAAGCGCAGCGUCAAGAUCAGCAACGUGGCUCUGGAGCCCGUGCAGUGGCAGAAUGACUCACUGCAGAUCAUAACCAGCGCUAGCGACUUGAAGAGCAUGGAUGAGUUUCUCCUGAAAAAGAUGAAUGAACUGGAUAACGAGGACAGCAAGAAGGACACACUCGUGGAUGUUGUGUUCAAGAAAGCACUGAAGGAGUUCCGACAGAACAUCUUCAGCUUUUACUCUUCAGCGUUGGCAAUGGAUGAUGGGAAAAGCAUCCGCUAUAAGGACCUCUACGCCUUAUUCGAGCAGAUUCUGGAGAAGACCAUGAGACUUGAGCAGAGGGACUGGAGUGAGUCUCCGGUUAAAGUCUGGGUCAACACUUUCAAAGUCUUCCUGGAUGAAUAUAUGAUAGAAUACAAACCCCUGGACUACACCACGGUAAAGGUAGUGCCAAAAACAGAACGAAAAAAGAGAAGAAAAAAGGAAGCAGAUGUGGUAGAAGAGCACAACGGCCACAUUUUUAAGGCGACCCAGUACAGUAUCCCCACGUACUGUGAAUAUUGUUCCUCCUUGAUCUGGAUAAUGGACAGGGCUUCUGUUUGUAAAUUAUGUAAAUAUGCUUGCCAUAAGAAGUGCUGUCUUAAAACCACGACCAAGUGCUCCAAAAAGUAUGACCCCGAGCUGUCAUCUCGGCAGUUCGGUGUGGAGCUCUCCCGCUUGACCAGUGAGGAGCGGGCAGUGCCGGUGCUGGUGGAGAAGCUCAUCAACUACAUUGAAAUGCACGGGCUGUACACAGAGGGCAUUUACAGAAAAUCAGGGUCCACCAACAAGAUCAAGGAGCUGCGGCAAGGACUCGAUACAGACAUUGAUAAUGUGAAUUUAGAUGACUACAACAUCCACGUCAUCGCCAGCGUGUUCAAGCAGUGGCUCCGAGAUCUGCCUAACCCUCUCAUGACCUUCGAACUCUAUGAGGAGUUUCUGCGGGCGAUGGGCCUCCAGGAGAGGAGGGAGACUGUACGGGGAGUGUAUUCAGUCAUCGACCAGCUCUCCCGCACGCAUCUCAGCACCUUGGAGCGUCUCAUCUUCCACCUGGUGAGGAUUGCUCUCCAAGAAGAGACCAAUCGCAUGUCAGCUAAUGCCUUGGCCAUCGUCUUUGCUCCCUGUAUCCUCCGCUGCCCCGAUACAACAGACCCGCUGCAGAGCGUUCAGGACAUCAGUAAAACAACCACGUGCGUAGAAUUAAUCGUCAUCGAGCAGAUGAACAAAUACAAGGCUCGUCUCAAGGACAUCAACAGCCUGGAGUUUGCAGAGAACAAAGCCAAGAGCCGCCUCUCCUUGAUCCGCAGAUCGAUGAAACCUGUACUAAUUGCAGUUAGAUUUAUGAGCAUAACCCGCAGCUCAAUCCCGGGCAAAGGACGCGUGCGACGUGGUGCCUACCCCAGCCCGACGUCUCCUGUUGCUGUGCGCUUGCCCUCGGUGACAGAUGUCCCUGAGGAGACCAUAAACAGUGAGGAAGCCAUGGAGAUGGAGGUGACAGAGCAGCAGCAAGUGGCCAUGCAGCAGGAGGAGAAGGUGCUGACUGAGCAGAUUGAGAGCCUGCAGAAGGAAAAGGAGGAGCUGACGUUCGAGAUGCUGACGCUGGAGCCCCGCGCCUCUGACGAUGAAACCCUCGAGUCUGAAGCCUCCAUUGGCACUGCCGACAGCUCUGAGAAUCUGAACUUUGACUCCGAAGGAGCCAUCUCCGAUCGCUCGGAGAGAAGCAUAGCACUUACCUCCCUGCGCCCCGCCAAGGUGGAGGGGCCGAGCCGGCUGCGAAGGCACCCCAGGACGCGGCCGGACCCAGCGGACCCAGCCGACGUCUCCAUCUCCUCCUCCUCAUCAUCCCAAUCAUCCACCUCCUGCUUGCCCCACCUUCCCCGGAAGCGCUUCCAGAUGUACUCCAAAUCGCCUUUCUACCGAGCAGGGAGUCCUGGCGAGGCCCCCGAAAGCCGGGCGAGCCCCGAGGGCUUCAUGGGACCUCUCCGUUAUCCUGAGGAGCGCCCUCAAUUCACCACCCGUGGGACGUUCAACCCGGAGAAAGGCAAACAGAAACUGAAGAGCGUGAAAAUUUCCCCCCCAAAAACCAAAGAGCCCCCAGAUGGGGGGACAGGGGGGACACGCAAGAGAAACCCCGAGGCCGACUGUGCUGCCACCCAAUCCCUUGUCCUCCUGGGGAGCAACGAGUUCAUGGUCUGAGAGGUUCCACAUCAUGCACUGGAGCAUCCUCCUGUCCAUGCUCCCAAUGGCUUCCUUGUUAACGCCAGGAGGAUGAAUUCCUGAUUUCAAAGGCCGGGGAGGUGGGGAACGGUUUUAACGGUGGCCUUAGUGGUUAGGGGGGUUGAGGGUUUCUGGGGGGGUUGGACCGGGGAUGGAGGGGCACUGGCCGGCUCCUGCGCCCUUCCCCUCGGAGCACCCCACGCCUCAGAGCGUUGCGCCGCCAAAUCCUCGUGCCCAAUCACCGUAGCCUGUGGGUAGGAACAAACCAAGCCUAAAACUCCUGUGGGAGUCCCAGCAGGAGUCCCAGCCAGCCAGCCAAGCCCUCCGCGCUUUAACCACCUCAUCCACGCCAACGCCAAGCGCAUGGAAAAGCGUUAAAAUCUGCCAAAAACCACCUUAUUUUUUGUGUUAUUUUUUAACGUGACUUAACCACCUUCUCCUCUUUUUUUUGUUUUUGGAGACCAUCAGUAUUAAAAAAUAAUAAUAAUAAUAAUACUCAAGGACUACUUGAAGCUAUAUUUGUUUAUAAGCUGGUUACUGGAGUUUGAUGUAAAUAGAUAUAUUUUUAUUUUUAUUUUGUUUUCUAUUUUUCCCCAAACAGAACUUUUUGUUUUUUGAUUAUUGUUAUUUUGUGGCCGGGAAGGAGGAAGAGAUGGGCUGAGCCGUCCUGCUGGUGCCAUCACUGGUGUCACCAUCCAUCACUUGCCGCUACCACCUUGCUCUGUACAUUGAGAUGUACUUUGAGGUGUAAUUAGCCUGAUUUAAAAGCAAUGCCCAUAAUAGGACUAAUUAGAACUCAGCUCUUAAUCCCUCCCAUACCAUCAUCAUCAUCAUCACCCUCCAUGGCACCCGGAGAAGCUCCAGGUACUGGAAAACCUCUGGAAAGGCAAAAUUAGGAACACCAGAGCACUAAUUAGAUGAAUAAAGGAUGGAUCCAUCCUGUUAGAUGCGUUGGGCAUUGCAGGUUGAGGCUCAUCCUUUCCUGGAACACCACCAAAAAAGGGGAAAACACCAAGACCUGGGUUUUCCUGAGCAUUUUGUGGUUUUCUGGGCAUCUCUGCAUCCCAGGGUUCAGCCAAGCUGCCCUUUGGUCCCCUCCCCCUGCCCAUUGCUUUUGAGGGAUGGUUUAUUUAUUGGGGAUUUGGUUUGCUUUUAUUUUACUUUUUAAAGUUUUACUUUUAUUUUCAUUUUCAUUUUUUUCCAUGGGGGAAAGCAAUGGAUGCGACCGGGAGAGCGGGAGCAUGGGAACACCAUCUGCCUUGGUGAUGCAUCCUGGGAGCGGAGCAAGACCCACUCAAUCAUCCCCCACUCACAGGGGAAAACAGGAUUUUACCAUCCUGAGUGGAAAAUAGGGAUUUUGGAACCACCCUGGGAUAUGCUGGGAGGCGGGUUGUGGUCACAAAAGUGAAAGAUCCUGGGAAGCCACCCCAAAUUUCCCUAGAGCUGGAAAUAGUGGGAGCAUCCCUGUGCUCUGCACCAAAACCAGCCAUUUUUGAGCACCUUUAUCUAAAACCCAAGGAAUGCUCCUCAAAGUUGCUCCGAGUGAGGGUGUCCCUGUGGGAGGGCCGAAGGGCUCCAUCCUCAUCCUCAGUUUUCCCAACACAGCGGCAUGAGCACAGCAGGGACAGCAGACCUGGCUUAGGCAGCGCCUCCAAGUACAUAUAUAUGUGUAUGUGUGUAUUUCUUUUCAUAUAUGUAUUUCCCUUAUAUAUAGAUAUUAUAUAUAUAAAGAAAAUAUAUGUUAAAGAAUAUAUAUUCUAUAUAUAAAGAAAAUUGACCUAUGAAAGACUAUGUAUAUUCUAUAUAUAAAGAAAGUAUAUGUAAAAUAAUAUAUAAAGAAUAAAUAUGUUUCUUUGUAUGUUUUUAUUUCUUUUAUAUAUAAUACAUGUUUGUAUAUAAAGAAAUACGAGAUAUAUGCUACAUUUAAAGACUAUAUAUUUCUUUAUGUAUUUUGUAUAUAAAGAAAUAUAUAUAAAGAAUAGAUGAAGAAAAUAUAUUUCUUUGUAUAUAUUAUAAAAUAAUAUAUAGAGAGAAAUAUAAAUAUAGAAAAAAUAUACUGUGUAUAAAGAAUAUAUGUCUUUAUGCAUAUGUUUAUAUUUCUAUGUAGAGAAAUAUAUAUAAAAUAAUAUAUAUACCAUGUAUAAAGAAUAUAUUUCUUUAUAUAUAGUAUAUGUUUCUGUAUAAAGAAAUAUAUGUACAAUAAAUAUAUACUAUGUAUAAAGAAAUAUAUGUCAAAUAGAUGCGUACUGUAUAAAAAGAACAUGUAUUUCUUUAUAUAUGUUUUCCUGUAUUUCUUCUAUAUGUAUAAAUGUGUGUAUGUUUCUUUAUAUAGAUUUAUAUAUUUCUUUAUAUAGAGCAUAUAGUUCUCUAAGUACAUAUAUGCCAUAUAUGAAGAAUAUAUGUUCAUAUAUUUUAUCUCUAUUUCUUUGUAUAUGUAAGUGGAAUAUAUAUGGAAUAUAUAUAGAAAAUAUAUAGAAUAUAUAUAGAAAACAUUUCUUUAUAUAUAUUAUAUAUUUGUGUAUAUAUAUAAAGAAAAAGGGUAGAAAAGAAAUAUACGCAAAUAUAGAUAUAUAUGUGUAAAAUCCAGGCCAGGCAGGAGCUGAGCUGCAGAACGGGGGUUCCAGGGCUCCAGGCAACGCAUCCCCCCAGCAUCUCCCACAGCCCCUUCCCAGCCCCUCCUGCAAGCCAAGGGAUGGAUUUGCGGCACGAAUGUACUUACUACUGGAGCGGAGGAGCAGGGCACAUGCGGUCAAGUGGUGGUGGUAUUAUUAUUAUUAUUAUUAUUUUUCAUGGAAUUUUUUUUAAGUAAUUUAUAAGUCUGCUGCGUGUAAAUUAAAACCAGAUCUGUAUUGUAUGAGGAUAUAUUAUCCUGUGUCACCCACGCUAGGAAUGGUUUAAAAAAGGAGAAAAAAAAAAAAAAAAAACCAGAGAAAUAAAAGUGUACUUCUGUAAA